CGGUUCACGACGCCCAACUAACUUCAUACCAGCACAAUCCGACUACCCACCGGACAAGAUGAAGUUCCUCAAGGUCGGCCGAGUCGCCAUCAUCACCCGCGGCAGAUACGCCGGAAAGAAGGUUGUCAUCAUCCAGCCCGUUGACAACGGCAACAAGCCUCACCCUUUCGGCCACGCCCUGGUUGCCGGCAUUGAGCGCUACCCCUCCAAGAUCACCCGCCGCAUGUCCAAGACCCGCCAGGAGAAGCGAAACAAGAUCAAGCCCUUCAUCAAGGUCAUCAACUACAACCACUUGAUGCCCACCCGCUACACCCUGGAGCUUGAGGGCCUCAAGGGCUCCAUCUCCAACGACACCUUCAAGGAGGUUUCCCAGCGCGAGGACGCCAAGAAGACUGUCAAGAAGGUUCUCGAGGAGCGAUACACCAGCGGCAAGAACCGAUGGUUCUUCACCCCUCUCAAGUUUUAAAAAGAUCGUUUCUCCAUCACGGUUAGGGAGUUGGCGGGAUGUAAAGAGCAUCGAUUGGCAUUAAGGAACCCCGGUUUUUAUGGGCUCAAUAUCAAGUUUCUUAAAAAAUCAGAUCUCUCUUUGCGGCGUGUGACUGUAGCGUCAAAAUACAACGCGAAUCGGACGGACGUGUUGGCCCCGACUGAAAGGACAUCGGUGGGGAGUUGCUGUGCUGGUGUUAUCUAUCCCAAGAGGUCAUGGUCAUGGCAAAUGCAAAUAGGCCCCGGCGACUUUGCUUGACGGUCAAUGUCGGUGAGGUAGUCCAAUAAAAGAAAUGAAGCAAAAAAUUACCGUC